UAAGUGAAUUCUUGUGAGUUGUAAGGGUGCCAAAUUAGGGAAACGCGAAUCUAACUUGGAUUGAGCAAACGGAAGAAGUAGAAGCGAAUAUUAACAAUACAGAAACUGAAUAAGAAAAUGCCUAUUUUACCAGGAGUUACAAAUGGAACGUUUGCAGUGAAGUCCGGCCUAGCUCAGAUGGCAAAGGGUGGCAUCGUAAUGGAUGUUGUCAAUGCCGAACAGGCUAAAAUUGCAGAGGACGCCGGGGCAUGCGCAGUUAUGGCCCUAGAGAGAGUACCAGCAGACAUACGCAAAGACGGGGGUGUGGCAAGAAUGUGUGACCCGAGAAAAGUUAAAGAAAUAAUGGAGGCAGUUACAAUCCCAGUGAUGGCCAAGGCUAGGAUUGGUCACUUUGCUGAGGCGCAGAUAUUGCAAUCAUUGGGAGUCGAUAUGGUGGACGAAUCAGAAGUGCUAACCCCAGCCGAUCCUGAAAACCACAUUAACAAACGAGACUUCACUGUACCGUUUGUCUGUGGAGCCAGGAACCUUGGAGAGGCGCUCAGGAGGAUCUCGGAGGGUGCAGCCAUGAUUCGUACCAAAGGGGAGGCAGGCACAGGCAAUGUGAUAGAAGCUGUAAGGCACGCUAGAACAAUCAAGCGGGACAUAUCUCUAGCGAAGGGAAUGGAUGACAGUGAACUCUUUUCAUAUGCCAAACAACUUCAGGUUCCAUAUGAACUUUUGAAGAAGACAGCUGAACUUGGACGAUUGCCAGUGGUUAACUUUGCAGCAGGUGGUCUAGCCACCCCUGCUGACGUGUCCUUAUUGAUGCAGCUUGGCGUAGAUGGAGUCUUCGUUGGCUCUGGUAUAUUCAAAAGCAACAACCCCAAAAAGCGUGCAGAUGCAAUGGCAGAGGCAGUUACACAUUACAAGGAUCCUAAAAUAUUAGCCAACUUAAGUGAAGACCUCGGAGAGGCCAUGGUUGGCAUCAACUGUGAUGACAUGGAACACAAGUUCUCAGUUCGAGAGAGUAUGUUGGACAAUAAAAUGGAAGCCUUGAAUAUGCAAGGAACGGCAUUAAAACAAAGUUAGCAAUACGAGUGACUCGGAUAUUGAUAUGUUUUAAAUUCAUGUUACAUCAUGUCUUCGCCUCUUUCGUUCUAAGUAAUGAUGUUCGUGUUAGGGUUUAUAAUGCAUGACCAUUUUUGCAUUCUGUCUUCAAACCUCAAUAAGUUAUUCAUAUCGUACUAUGUACUGUAUACAGUCACCUAUAUAUCGGUUUGUGUUCAGUACAAAGAACCAUUUAGGACCCAAAUACUUGGGACAUUGGUUUUUGUUGAAUUGAAGUUAACAACUGAUAACAUAUGCUGCAUGGGAAACAAAUAUAUUUACAUAAUAAAUUUCAUAGAAAAAAUGAUGUAUUUCAAUGUUCAUAUGACUGGGACUGGGGAAAAUUGCAUUUAAAGUAACUUUCAAUGAUUUCAUUUAAAAACUUAAACCCU